CGCUUGCCUUGCUGUCGAGUGAUUCGACCGUGUUUCUGGUCUGGACCAGCAGUGCGCUGCCUCGGCUGUCCUUAGUAGUACGCAUCUUAUGUUUCUGCUUCAUUCGGAGAGAUAGUAGGGGGAUAGAUCACGCUUUCUCAUUGUGCAUGCCAGGAGAAGAGGAUACAAUCGCCGGUCAACGGCAGAUUCUUAGAAAUAAAGACAUUUUCCUAAUGGUAUCAUACACUAAUCAAACGGAGACAUGUGGAAUUGUAUGGGGAUUUCGAAGUGUCUCUCAAUAGUGUGUCUUCUGAUGGUGUGGACUGAGGUGUCCCAGUCUUCGGGCUCCUUUGAGCUGCAGUUGAUUGCUGUACAGAACGCUAACGGUCAGUUGUCGGACGGGGACUGCUGCGACGGAGAAAGGAACGCGCAGGAUCUCCACUGCAGCAAGGAUGAGUGUGAUACGUACUUCAGAGUGUGUCUAAAGGAAUACCAAACGGAGGUCACGAUCUCAGGCUUGUGCAUCUAUGGAACUGGAUCUACUAACGUUAUCGGUGGGAAUACUUUUCAAUUUAAGAGCACCAAAAACAACCAAAACCGAAUCAACGACGGUGGAAAGAUUGUCAUCCCAUUCCAGUUCGCUUGGCCGCGGGCGUACACUCUGAUUGUGGAAGCAUGGGACUGGGACAAUGGUACACACAGCAGCAGUGGUGAGGAUCUGUUAAUUGAGCGGAGUGUCCGUAAAGGAAUGAUCAACCCUGGCGAUGACAGGCAGACUAUCCAACACAACGGUCCCACAGCCAACUUUGAGUAUAACAUCCGUGUGCGCUGUGACGAGAACUACUAUGGCAACAAGUGUAACAAGCAGUGCCGGCCACGCAAUGAUGACUAUGGCCACUACGUGUGUGACCAGUUUGGGAACAGAGGCUGUUUGGAGGGCUGGAUGGGGCCUUACUGUACAGCUGCUAUCUGCAAGCAGGGCUGUAACCUGCUGCAAGGAUUCUGCAAUGUCCCAGGAGAAUGCAUGUGUAAAUACGGUUGGCAGGGUCCGUUCUGUGACGACUGCCUGCCCUACCCAGGCUGUGUCCAUGGGACCUGCGUCAAGCCCUGGCUGUGCAGCUGUGAGAAGAACUGGGGAGGCCUGCUGUGUGACAAAGAUUUGAACUACUGUGGGACGAACAAGCCGUGUAAGAACGGAGGAACGUGUAUGAACUCAGAGCCAGAUGAGUACAACUGUGCCUGUUCUGACAGCUACUCGGGCAAGAAUUGUGAGAUAGUGGAACACUCAUGUGUGUCCAACCCCUGUGCCAACGGGGGCACCUGCCAUGAGAUCCCAUCUGGGUUUGAGUGCCACUGUCCUGCAGGCUGGUCAGGGCCCACCUGCGCUAAAGACAUGGACGAGUGUGCGUCUAACCCCUGUACUCAGGGUGGGACCUGCAUCGACAUGGAGAACGGAUUUGAGUGCCUCUGCCCCCCACAGUGGGCUGGGAAGACCUGCCAGAUAGACGCUAAUGAGUGUAUGGGGAACCCAUGCCUCAAUGCUUACUCUUGCAAAAACUUGAUUGGUGGAUAUCACUGUGCCUGCUUUCGAGGAUGGGCCAGCCAGAACUGUGACAUCAAUGUCAACAGCUGCCAUGGACUGUGUCAGAAUGGAGCGACUUGCAAGGAGGGGCGAAGAGGCUACGUGUGUGCCUGCUCACCGGGGUUUGUGGGCCGGCACUGUGAGGUCCAGAGGAACAGCUGUGUCAGCGGCCCGUGUAGAAACGGGGGCCGGUGCCACACCCUGCUGGACGGCUUCAUGUGUGAGUGCCCACAUGGAUACACUGGCACUACCUGUGAGGUGCAGAGUAACCCGUGCAGCCCUAACCCUUGCCAGAACAAGGCCCAGUGCCACAGUCUGAUGGAAGACUUCUACUGUGCCUGUCCUGAUGACUAUGAGGGCAAGACCUGCUCUGAGCUCAAGGACCACUGCAAGACCAAUCCCUGUGAAGUGAUUGACAGUUGUACUGUCGCUGUGGCCACCAAUGACACACAGGAAGGGGUGUGGUACAUCUCGUCCAAUGUGUGCGGCCCCCACGGACGCUGCAUCAGCCAACCUGCUGGGAACUUCACCUGUUCCUGUGAACUGGGCUUCACUGGAACAUACUGUCACGAGAAUGUAAACGACUGUGUGUCGUCUCCCUGUAAGAACGGAGGAACUUGCAUCGACGGGAUCAGCUCUUUCCAGUGCUUUUGCCCUGACGGCUGGGAGGGCAUGCUGUGUGUCAUCGAUGUGAAUGAGUGCAGUAGGAACCCCUGUAAGAACGGAGGUCGCUGUGUGGACCUGGUCAAUGACUUCUACUGUCAAUGCCAGGACAACUGGAAGGGCAAGACCUGCCACUCACGUGAGAGCCAGUGUGACUCCAAUACCUGUAGGAAUGGGGGGACGUGCUUUGACCAUGGGGACACCUUUCGCUGUACCUGUUUGUCAGGGUGGGGCGGCAGCACCUGCAACACAGGCAAGAACAGCACGUGUGACUCUAACCCAUGUGAGAACAGAGGGACCUGUGUCGGAGGGGGUGAUGCCUACACCUGCAUCUGCAAGGAUGGCUGGGAGGGGCCCACAUGUGCUCAGAAUACUAAUGACUGCAACCCUACCCCCUGCUAUAACAGUGGUGUCUGUGUGGAUGGUGUGAACUGGUUCCGCUGUGAGUGUGCCCCGGGAUUCGCCGGACCAGACUGCCGGAUCAACAUAGAUGAGUGCCAGACGUCUCCCUGUGCCUAUGGUUCUACCUGUGUGGAUGAGAUCAACAGCUUCCGCUGUGUGUGUCCCCUGGGCUGGGCUGGGCCUCGCUGCCAAGAGUUCAUAGGGAUCGGGAAGGCCUGUCGUUACUCCGGCCUGCAGUUCCCUCAUGGCAGUCAAUGGGAGGAGGAGUGUAAUACCUGCCAGUGUGUCAACGGCAGUGUGCGCUGUUCUAAGGUGCAGUGUGGCCGACGGCCCUGUCUGCUCCAUAGAGUUGCUUCCGGUCCAGACAGCAUUGCCCCCUGUCCUAGAGGACAGGAGUGUGUAGAGCACAAAUUCCUCACCUGCUUCGCCCCGCCAUGCCACCAGUGGGGCGUGUGUUCUACCCCUGACCCUCCACCGGCCCUCCACACUCAGUGUGAACCCAACUGUGGUUAUUUGGACAACAGCUGUGCCCGCAUCACACUCAUCUUCAAUAGAGACAAAGUUCCACAGGGUACCAUUGUGGAGAACAUCUGUUUGGAGCUGAGGUACCUUCCCAUCACCCAGACCCUGGCUAAGGAACGUACGCUCCUCAUUCUCUGUGACCUGUCCUACUCCAACAGUGAUGCUGUGGAGGUUGCCAUGUCUUAUGAUCAGGAUGGUCAGGAGCGGGAUGGAAACCGUGAUCAGAUUCAGGAGGUUGCCAGUGCCAUCAUCGGUGCCCUGUCCAAACGACACAACAGCACCGUCAUGCUGGCUGUGGUGGAGGUCAAAGUGGAGACGCAGGUCAUGCCCCAGUCUGUGGACCACCUGGUGCCAGUGCUGUGCGUGGUGUUCAGUGUGCUGUGGAUCUUCUGCAUCGUGGUGUGUGUGUGGUGGACCCGUAAGAGGAAAAAAGAGCGUGAGAGAGAGUCUGCAGUGGAAGACAGCACUGUCAAUAACCUUCUGGAGCCGCUGAGGGUCAUCUUGCCACAGCGCAUAGACAAUCUAGACAAAGACAUUCAGUACGAAUGCAAGAAACUCAUGAGCCCUCCAGACCGGAUGUGUGACGGGGCUGAGGGAGAGGAGGAAGAGGAGCUGAGGAGGGGAGGGAUGAAGCUAGACAAGUGCUCCACGCAAAAGUGCUCAUUGGCAGGAGUGCAGGACAGAGUGAUGUGCAAAGGGGGGGUGAUCUGUACGAUGCGUAGCGCCCCAGUGAAAACCCCCCACCGGACAGUGCACAGUCCCAAAGACAACCGGUGUAAAAACCUCAGCGCUGCCAACUUCAGUGAGGAUGUCAAAGAUCAUUAUGUAUGAGCACGGCUAGUGGUGGGACUUCUCAAACUAAAGAUGAUGUCUCUAUGUAAUAGAAAAAGACAAGCACCAAUAGUAAAGAUUUAAGACAUGUUUUGCAUUUCAUUUGACUUUAUUCUUUGUCUGCAACAUGGAGCCUUCUUAUUUACUUAAAACAUUGCAAAUUCACAUUUCAGUAACCAAGAGAGACCUUCAUUUUUUACUUUUUUUGGUUGACAAAUUGUUGCUUCUUUUAAAGGAGAGACCUUUUUUUCACAUUGUGUCACUGAGAAGAUUGUGUAUCAUGUGACUUUGGCGAGAGCACUGCCAUUGGAGGCAGGCGUUGCACUACUACAUUACUACUAGUGCAUUUAGUCCUUAUCUGCCUUAACCCGCACUGUGGGCAUUUACUUUGUUCUCUUGGUAUAAUAAAGUAAUUUGUAUAAAAGUAAAAGUAAAAGUGUAUAUACAUAUAUACAUACUCUACCGGUCAAAAGUUCUAGAACAUCUACUCAUUCAAGGGUUUUUCUUUAUUUUUACUAUUUUCUACAUUGUAGAAUAAUAGUGAUGACAUCAAAACUAUGAAAUAACACAUGGAAUCAUGUAGUAACCAAAAGUGUUAAACAAAUCAAAAUAUAUUUUAUAUUUGCGAUUCUUCAAAUAGCCACCCUUUGCCUUGAUGACAGCUUUGCACAUACUUGGCAUUCUCUCAUCCAGCUUCAUGAGGUAGUCACCUGGAAUGCAUUUCAAUUAACAGGUGUGCCUUCUUAAAAGUUAAUUUGUGGAAUUGAAUGUGUUUGAGGCAAUCAGUUGUGUUGUGACAAGGUAGGGGUGGUAUACAUAAGAGAGCCAUAAGAAGUCCAUAUUAUGGCAAGAACAGCUCAAAUAAGCAAAGAGAAACGGCAGUCCAUCAUUACUUUAAGACAUGAAGGUCAGUCAACACGGAACAUUUCAAGAACUUUGAAAGUUUCUUCAAGUGCAUUCGCAAAAACCAUCAAGCGCUAUGAUGAAACUGGCUCUCAUGAGGACCGCCACAGGAAUGGAAGACCCAGAUUUACCUCUGCUGCAGAGGAUAAGUUCAUUAGAGUUACCAGCCUCAGGAAUUGCAGCCCAAAUAAAUGCUUCACAGAGUUCAAGUAACAGACACAUCUCAACAUCAACUGUUCAGAGGAGACUGUGAAUCAGGCCUUCAUGGUUGAAUUGCUGCAAAGAAACAACUACUAAAUGACACCAAUAAGAAGAAGAGACUUGCUUGGGCCAAGAAACACGAGAAAUGGACAUUAGACCGGUGGAAAUUUGUCCUUUGGUCUGGAGUCCAAAUUGGAGAUUUUUGAUUCCAACCGUCUUGUCUUUGUGAGACUCGAUGUGGGUGAACGGAUGAUAUCCGCAUGUGUAUUUCCCACCAUAAAGCAUGGAGGAGGAGGUGUUGUGGUGUGUGGGUGCUUUGCUUGACACUGUCUGUGAUUUCUUUAUAAUUCAAGGCACACUUUACCAGCAUAGCUACCACAGCAUUCUGCAGCGAAACGCCAUCCCAUCUGGUUAGGCCUUAAACACACUAUCAUGUGUUUUUCAACAGGACAAUGACCCAACACAAUUCCAGGCUGUGUACGGGCUAUUUGACCAGAAGGAGAGCGAUGGCGUGCUGCAUCAGAUGACCUCAAACAAAUUGAGAUGGUUUGAUGAGUCGGACCGCAGAGUGAAGGAAAAGCAGCCAACAAGUGCUCAGCAUAUGUGGGAACUUCUACUUCAAGACUGUUGGAAAAGCAUUCCAGGUGAAGCUGGUUGAGAGAAUGCCAAGAGUUUGCAACACUGUCAUCAAGGCAAAGGGAGGCUAUUUGAAGAAUCUUGAAUACAUUUUUGAUUCGUUUAACACUUCUUUGGUUACUAUAUGAUUCCAUAUGUGAUGUUUUCAUAUUUUGAUGAUAACAAAAACUCUUGAAUUAGUAGGUGUUGUAAAUAUUUUGACUGGUAGUGCAUAUAUAUAUAUAUAUAUAUGACCUUUGGAAAGCUAUAAGCAGUAUAACACCUGACAUCAGCAUUAGUUUAGAAACAUAAACAUAUUUUCCAUGACAUGUCAAUGCUUCUAAAGACCUUGUGUAUAUCCCAAUAACAUGUAUUUUGCUCUAUCACUUCCUACAGGCCUAUGCUUUAUUAUUUCACUAUUUGCUUUGGUAGAAAGUUCCUUCAGUCCUUCUUUUAUUAUUUCAUCUCAUUCAAAGAAUUGAUCCAGAACUUAACAAUUCAUAUAAAGGGAAAAUAUGUCCUUUCACAACACUUGAUAUUACCAUAAAAGUGUUUCUUUGAACAAUGUAUAUAUGUAAAUAUAAACAUGCCUGUGUAUAUUUGAAUUUAGUAACUUAAGUAAUCCUUUUUAUUAUAGUUAUUCUAAAGAAUAAGGUUGUUUAUGUUUUGUUCGUUUUUUAUUAUGUCAUUCCGUUUUAUUAGUGUCUGUUGACACAGGCCAGGUUUUAUACAGAUUUAUGGACAAUAUCCAGGGUCCCACAUAAUCACAAAAGCAUUGACAGAAACACAUUAUUCUAAGUGCUUGUUUGUUUUGCUUUCUGAUUUUAUUAUGUUCCAACACUUAAAAUUGUCAGUAAGCACAGAUGUUAGUUCUAGUUCUAGGUCUGCUUGUCUGCUGCUUAAGUCAGAGCUAUCGAUUGGGAGUUUCCCUUGUGAAUGCUGGCUCACCAUCUCCCAUUAGCUAUGCUACUGUAUGUCAAUGUUAGAAUGUCCUAUUGUAAUGCAGGGGUCAGAGGAGGCUGGUGGGAGGACCUAUAGGAGGACGGGCUCAUUGUAAUGGCUGGAUUGGCAUUUAAUGGAACAGUAUCAAACAUAUGGAAACCAUGUUUGCCUCGGUCCCAUUAUUCCAUUCGAGCCAUUACAAUGACCCCGUCCUCCUAUAGCUCCUCCCACCAGCCUCCUCUGGCAUCGGGUGUACCAGUGAAUGGAUGGUUUGUGUUGAUCUGAUACAGAAGCAGUGCUAGCGUGCUCUUAAUCGUCGUGAUUUGGGUCAGAAUCAGGAGUAACUACAAUUAAAUAUCAAGGCCAUUAAAUUCAUGAUUAGAGCAAUCCAGUGGUUUAAUCUUUGUCUGGGCAGGAUCACUCAGUUACCCAGCCCUACAGUGGUGCAUUGGGUUUCUGCUUUCAAUACUGGUCUAAUGAAGGGAACAAGUUUUAUUAUUGUUGUUGUGGUUGUUGUCCAGUGUUUGUAUUGUAUUCUGCUUCUGCACUAAGAAAGAGGAAGUUAAUCUGUUGAGCAUUACCUCAGUGGUGGUAGUGAAAAUUAUUUUUGUUGUUCUUUACAGUUUAAUAUUUUAAUUCUCUGACAAGAAUUGUGUUUCAUAUUUUUUGAUGAUGCAAAAAGAAAAUAAUUCAAAUCAUUACCCAUAUCCAGUCAGCAGAAUCCCACUAGCCCCAGAGAAUGGGCUGAAUGUGCAGAACAUUGUAAUUAUUUUGUACAAAAGAGCAGUUGCGUCUUGGUUUGUUAGUGGAAUUUUUGUUUGUUUUUAGAACAAUCCAAUUAUUUAUUAAAAUAUUUUAUACCAAUAUCUUUGUUUUGUCCUGUUUUAUAGUAUUGGAAUUUGAACGUCUGUUUCAGUUUUUCAAUUUUAUCACCAUUAGCCUGUCACGGAUUCCUCCGGAACAAUCAUUACGCCCGCACACCUGUCCCCUAAUCCCACUGAUUAGUAUUUGUAUAUAUGUGCCCUUUGGUUUCCAUUGGGCUGUCGAUUAUUGUUACAAUGUCCAUUGGUGCGUGUGAGAACCUGUGCUGUGUGUUUUGGGCUUUGUGUUAAUCAUUGUGCGCGUGUUAUUUAUUCGAGGUACUCCUCGCUCUUUUUUGGGGGUUUCAACCCUUUGUUUUGUGUUUGUUUGGGUCUUCGUCCCCGUGCCUUUACACGGCAUGCCGUCAUUUUGGGUGUAAUAAAAAACUCAUGCAUUCCUG